AUGGCACAUGUAUUGUACGAAAUAUUUACAACUACAGGAGUUCCUUACAUAUUAAAAUGCAAUAGAGGUAAAACAUUUGCCUGUCAAGUUGAAUAUAAUUUAUACCAUUUGGGAAUACACAUUAUUGUGGCUUAUGAAAGUAUACAAAUUAACAGUAAAAAGAAUCCCACAGACGGUAUUACAAAAAUCAUUAGCGAGAUGAUUGAUGCUUGGUUAAUGAUUAAUGACACAAAUAAAUGGAUUGAGGGAACAGAGUCAGUCUUUACAGUCAAUAUUCAAGCAAAAAGAAAAAAAGUUUUCAAUGACAAGGUCGAAAUUGAUUUACCUAUAUUUUCAAAUCCUGUAGAAGAUAAUGAUAAAUAUGAAAUCAUUGAAGAAAUACUGGAUAAGUUAAAACAUCAAAAUCCAAUUCCUUAUCUUAUAGGAAUUCAUAACGAUGAGUUUCUGCAGUUACACCAAAAACCAGCAAAAGGAUGUCCAAACACAGAAGUUCUGCAGAAACAUAAUGCAUGUAGUAUAAUAUCCAAUACCACCAAUGAAGAAAAGUUGCCUGAGUUAGUACAGAGAGUGGCUGAAGUGUGUUCACAAUUAGAUGGCCUGCAGAUUAACAAGAAUUCUAGUGAAUCUAAUGCAACUGAUAUAGACCAAGGGAGUUCGGGAUAUGGUGGAUUGUGCGGUCCGAAUUCGAAGUAUGUCAUGCUGAUAUCUAAUGACGGUCACGAAUUUAUUAUAAAACAGGAGCUUGCCAUGAUGUCAGGCAAUAUCAGAGCUAUAUUAAAUGACCCCGUACAGAUAGCAGAAAAUGAAAUCAAUGAAAUCCGCUUCAAAGAAGUCCCUUCUCACGUUUUAAAAGAAUAUUGUAAAUACAUGGUGAAGAAAAGAUCUAACCCAAACAGCACGCUAUAUAUUCCCGAAUUUCCGUUAUUACUUGUGAUGGCUGUGGAAAUUCUAAUAGCAGCUAAUAUUAUAAACUAA